GCUUGACGGCAGGUGGCACCAUGGACCCGAACCCUGACCUGGACUCGCUCCUGGAGAAUGCACUGGACGAUCUGGAGCUGUUUGCACCUGGGGAGGGCGUUGGCAUUGGCGCCGGCGACGGUGAUGGUGAUGGCGAUGGCGAUGGGGAUGGCAAGGGAAAGGGCGAGGCUGAGGGUGCGGGCGCUGGGCAAGGCGCAGGUGCGGAGGGUGCGGCGGGUGCGGCGGGUGCUGGUAAGGAUAUGGACGCGGUGCUUGACUCGGUGCUGGACGCGAUGCUGGGGGGAGCUGGGCCGGACACGGGCGCGGUAGCGGAUGGGGCGGAUGAGGCGUUGCGGGCAGCGGUCGAGUCGAUGGCACAGGCGACGGUGGGCGCCAUGUCUGGAGCGGAUGCACAGGCUGCGGCUGCGGCGGAUGCGGCGCGGGCAAAGGAGCUGGAGGGUAUGGAUCUGAGCGAGGAGUUCAAGGGCUUGAUGGAGCAGAUGCCCGAGCUGGAGAAGAUGGCCAAGGAGAUGAACGAGCUCAUGCCGGAUCUGGAGAAGAUGAUGGCCGGCGAGGGCGGCGAGGCCAAGGAGGCGUGGGAGUCGCUCGCUGGUGACGAGGGUCUGGCGUCGAUGCUCGACGCCCUCCUCAAGCCGCUCAUCCACAAGGACCUUUUGCAGGAGCCGAUCCGCGAGGUCGGCAACCUCUAUCCUCCGUUCCUCGCUUCGGCUGAGGGUCUCGCGCUCUCGGCAGAAGACCGGGCGCGGUUCGAGGGCCAGCACCAGGUCUUUAUGGCCAUCGACGCUGCGUUCGAGGCCGACCCGUCGCCGGCGUCCAAGGUCCUCGAGCUUCUCACUCAGCUUCACGACAAGUACGGCGCGCUGCCCGACUCAAUCCAGGCCUCGGUCGACGCCGGCGCCGGUGACAGCGAGUCGCUGGCGGCGGUCAUGGGCAUGCUCGGCGGGGCCUCGUCGUAGCUUUGUUAUUGGAGUCAUGUAGCAGCGGCAGGCCUAGACAAGGGUAAAGGUGGCAGCGAGUCCAUA